AUGUCUAAGCUAUUUAUCCCAACGGUGAAUUGUGGGAAGGCGCACAACGGCGACAUAUUCGAUGUGGCGGUAUGCAAUGCCUUUACGGUGACAUGCUCAGGCGACGGGCAUAUCAAGCUAUGGAAGAACAAACUACUCGACGGAGAGGUGCCCAAGGAGCACUGCGUAAGCCACCAUGUGAACAAGACGGGAGUUCAUCACGUGGACGUUCUGCAUACGGUGGAGCGGAGCGGCGUCGAGAUAUGCGUGAUUGCAUGUGUGGCAUUUGACGGGUCGCUGCACUUCUACAGCGUGAAUUUGGGCGAGUGGACGUUAACGCAGAUGGAGCUGCUGAGCUCUGAGGAGAAACAGCGCAGCUAUUGGAGCGCUAAGUGGCACAAGAGCACGUACCACUCGCAGGCGCAUAAGUUUGUUGCGACAGAGGUGAGCGGAAAUACGCGGGUGUGGCGCUUCCACCCUUUCAGCAAGGAGGUGGAAGAGCUUAAAAUCUUCGAGCAAGACGAGGGCGCCGAGAAGAGCGACACGGCGGUCAAGCAGCAGGACGAUGAGCUGGAGCUGCAGCCGCAUUUCACCCUGCAUGGCGACCUACCAGCGGCGUCGCCUAAGUUUGCGACUUGCGUUGAUGUCUCUGUGAAAAACCUAGUAGCAACAGGGUUCUCCGACGGGAGCGUGGUGAUUGCGCAAUUGUCCACGCUGCGGCCUAUCUAUAACUUUGAGGGCUUCGGGCUCCAGGGCACGCAGGACAACAGCAACACGGUACGUGCGCUAAAGUUUAGCCCGUUAGGUGGGCUUCUCGCGGUCGCCAAUGACUCUGGAUCGUUCGGCUGCGUGACCCUUUAUGAGACGGAGUACGGAGAGCCUGUAGGGAGUCUCACGGUUCCAAUGCACAGCAAUCAGCAGAGCAUAGUUUCCGUGGCGCACAGUGGGUGGGUGUUUGGGCUAAGUUUUAACUCAUCAGGUGAAUAUCUGGCUUCCUGUGGCUAUGAUGCAAAGGUUCGGGUCUGGGACGUUAAGUUAAGGGAGCACGUUUCUACAUUGCAUAUGUCAUCUGACGACAUUGAGGACGAGAGAGAUAUGAUGACUGUUGACGAGCACGGUACCUCUCUAAAGGCACCACCUGUAUUAGGUGUUUGUUUUGUUGAUAAGGGUGUGCGUGGUGGCAUGAGCGCAGACAUAAAUGAGGGUCUCUGCUGUGUUUGUCUCGACCGGAGUAUCAGAUGGUACAGAGAAGCGGGCGGUAUCUAG